AUGUGGACCGGAGAGAGCAAGAAGAGGCCGACCGUGUCGCUCAGGGGAAGGAGCAAAGAAGAAGACCGGGGAGAGUUUCUGCGAAGGGCGAGGGCCCAACGGGAGGGGCGGGCGCGUGAGCGGCUCCACGUCUCCAGCGCGACAACAAUCCAGAAGGUUUGGAGGGGAAGGUCAUGCGUGGGAAAGUGGCGGCAAGACGAGCGCGAUGCGUGGGACAGGAAAAUGCACGACGUCGGUCGAGUCAAGGCCAUGCUCGCCGCGGCAGGAAAGGCGUUGCAGCUCCCACCAGCCGUUCUCCAGUCCUUACUCUCUCAGCUGGUCCACUUCCACGCCUUCCCGAGCGAUGCUGGCCGAUUUCGCGCCGCCAUGGACCUGGUGCUCGCCGCCGCCCCCGCGAGCGAUAACGCCACAACCCCGGGAGGCGCAGGUCUCUUCGCAGCUCAGCCGGCGUCUUCCAGCGGCAGCGACAACGACCGGCUCUUGGGGGACAACACGUGGUCGCUGCUGGUUACCCGGCUAGGGGCGGUGUGCCUGCAGUACAUGAGUCAGGUAUCGGCAACGGCGGCGGCGGCGGGGGGGCGGUCGCGGAAAAACGGCGCGGAAAGCCGGGAUAUCGGCGGCGGCGGCGGUGGCUGCGAAGGAGACGCAAUGGACGAUGCUGAGGGCGCGGAGGGUGCUGUAGUGGCCGGGGCGGAGUCGGCCGAGGUGGUCGAUGCCGCGGAGGUGGCUAUGCGGGGAUUCGCGCUGCUAGCUUCCCCGGCAGCUUGGCGGCAUCGAUGGUCGCUGUCCGAGCCGGUCGCUGUCAAACGGCGUUGCCGCGUGUUUCUUGCCUCGCUCGCGCUCGGCAGGGUGUUGAUGAGGACGCGGAGCAAGACGGGGGAGGAGGCGGGGCCUGGAGAAGCGUUAAGGAAACCCUCACCAACAGGAAGAGGAAGAGGAAGAGGAAGAGAAGGUCUUCGGUUGUCGCUACGGACGGAGAGGGAAAGGGUCGGCGGCGAGGGGAGUCGAGCGCCGACGCUCUUCGGAGUCCUCCGCGUCGCGUGGGACGCGGCAGUAGCGGAGGCCGGCGGGGGGGAGGGCAGAGCGACGCAAGCGGUGCGGCUGCUGUGUGCGUCCUCCUUCCAGAUUCUCGGGAUCGGCGUCGCGGAGGACGGGGAGAGCACGGCGCGCAUCGAGACCCGUCCGAUGUCGUCAUCAGCGGUAGCUGGAGGAGGAGCAAGAGCGGCUGCCGGGCCAGGCGGCGCGCACGAAACGGCGGUGCCGGACAGGCGACGGCUGCUGGAGGCGUUUGCGGCCGCCGUUCUGCCGGCACCGAGGCUGCUGGAGCACCCCUUGAGGGCGGCCCUGAUGGACCCGAUGUUAGGGGGCGACGGGGUGGCGUGGUGGGAGUUGGUGUCCGUGGCAGGGGAGGCCGUCGGGGCGGGGGGGACGGGGGGGGGUGGCGGCGCUGCUGCCAGGAGAAGGGAUGUCGCGUGGGCGGUCGCGAAUAUAUUGGAGGUGGACACGGGUAGCAGCGCGGAACGCGCCCCGUGCCUCGUGCGAGCCCUAUGCAGACUGCUGCGGAAGGUUUCCCUGCACGCCUUGCUACAGGGGGCGGGGAGGACGGGGGCGGCGGGAGCGGGGGGCGCUGGGAGGCAGAUGGAAUCGCCGGAGCUUACGGACGAUGACGAAGACGACGACGACGUCGCCAUGGACGAGGCGUUCUCGGGCGCGGCGUCGGAGCGAGGCGGAGCGAGGGCGGCACCCAGCGGCGGCGGCGGCGCAGGAGCGAAAGACGACUUCGGCGGCGGCAGGGACGUGCGCCUCGAGGCCAUCGUGCGGCGCCACCGUCGCCGCUGCGCCAUGCGGACCGAGUCGCUGGCGGCCCACCAGCAAUCGCUACGCGAAACGAAGGGCUCCUCCCGGGGGGGCUACUCGAGCGGUUCGAAGCGGUGUGUAAGCGGCGGCGGCGGUGACGAGAGGGAAAGUGCGGCGGCGAUGGUGUUCGAGGAGAUCGAGGCGAUGGCGGCGGCGGCGGGGAGGCUUGCCGACCCCGUCGUAGUCGGCAGGCUUUUCGACAGUAUCCUUCCCCCCGUUGCGCGGAGCUCGUCCGAGGGGCAGCAGACCGGCCUCGGCGGCGGCUCUCGCGCGGAGGCGUCUUCGAAAGCUCAAGCCGACCCCCGGGGGGGCAGCGCCGGGGCGGAGAGCCGGAGCGCGCUCGCCGGCGACGCAAAGGGCGAUGACAAUGACGACGACGACCCCGUCCUCGCCCUGUGCUCGUUGUACGCGGACCUGGUCAUGGACGGGGUGAGAGCGGCCGGGUCCGCCGCGGCCGCCGCCGGCGGCAGUAGCACCGCUGCGGGAGGCUCCUCCGCGGCCGCCGGAAAAUCGGCGGUGGCGCCCGGGAAGUCGGUGCUGAACGCGCUGGCCUUCGGAAGGCCUAAGGCUCCGAUCGCCGCGCGCCUGUGGGGCUACCUCCAGCGGGGGCAAGACCUCGCGGUGUACGCGAAGAGGGGGGCCGGCGGCGGCGGCGGCGGCAGCGACCGGGGAGGGGCGGGGAACAAGGCGGGAGGCGGAGGGAUGCAGUCGGCCCUGUUUUUGUUCUGCUCGGCGUGCAGCCACCAGCUGCUGGCGUUAGACGACGAGGAGUUCUACGAGAAGCAGAGGCCGCUGAAGCUCGAGGAGGUGCGCCAGCUCGCCGGUUUCCUGAAGGAGUGGCUUUGCCGGAUGUACUUGAUCGACCCGGUCAUCCCGCGGCUGCGGGAAGAUGGCUUGCCGUCCGAUCCCACCCUGGCCCUUCGGCAAUGCGAGGACCACCUCAGGGAGGCGCUACUGCUGCUGUCGGCCACGAGGCUCUUCAACCAACUCUACGACCGCAACACCAGGCGGGAGUUUUUGAAGGCGGAGUCUUGGUACUGGAAGGCUAUCUCAGCGGUCGACCUGUCACCUCCCGACCAAGGUGACCCAAGGGUGGCGUUCUUGAGCAAGGGAAACCUGGGCAUGGUCCUCGCCAACAUUCCUCAGGUGGUACCAUUCUUUCAGCGGGUGGGAAUCUUCCGCCAGAUGAUCGACGCCGAGAGAGAGGAGCACCAGGGGAGCUUGGCCUUCGCCCGGGGCUCUUCGCGCAUACGCGUCAGCAGAGACUCCCUCUACGAGGAUUCGGCGGAAGCACUCACCAAGCUAGGAUCGUUUCUGAAGGGAAGGAUCCAAGUGACGUUCAUGAACCAGCACGGCGUUGAGGAGGCCGGCAUCGACGGAGGGGGCGUUUUCAAGGAGUACAUGGACCUGCUCACAAAGAGGGCCUUCGACCCGCAGUACGCUCUCUUUGUCGCAACACAGGACCAGUACCUGUUCCCGAACCCCGCUGCAUCGAUGGUGGCGGACGACUACCUGUUCCACUUCGAGUUCCUGGGCCGAGUCCUUGCAAAGGCGGUGUUCGAGGACAUCUUGGUGGAGCCGCAGUUCAGCCCGGUGUUCCUGAACAAGCUUCUGGGGAGGUACAACUACAUCGACGACCUGUACAGCUUGGACCCGGAAGUUUACCGGAACCUCAUGCAGCUCAAGGGUAUCGUCCACAGCGGUGGGGAUGUGGCCGACCUCUGCCUUACGUUCAGCGCUAGCACCACCGCCUUCGGAGAGACGAAGGUGUGGGACCUGAUCCCUGGUGGCCGCGACGUGGCCGUCACCAAUGCGUCGGUGAUCUCGUACAUCCACCUGAUGGCGCACUUCAAGCUUAACGUGCAGACGGCUCGGCCGUGCAAGGCCUUCAUGAAGGGCUUCCGGGACUUGAUCCCGGUGGAAUGGGUCCGGAUGUUCAACCCCCAGGAGCUGCAGCGACUCAUCGGGGGGGAGGGAGGGCGCGCCAUCGACGUGGAAGACCUCAAGCGGAACACGCUUUACGCGGGGGGGUACCACAAAACCCAACCCGUGAUGCAGUGGUUCUGGGAAGCGAUCGAGUCUUUCAGCCCCGAAGAGCAGGGGCAGUUUCUCAAGUUCGUCACGUCCUGCUCGAGGCCGCCGCUGCUGGGCUUCGAGCGACUCAACCCCCCAAUCUGCCUGCAGAGGGUCCCCGAGGGAGACGAAGGGAGGCUGCCCUCUAGCGCAACGUGCAUGAACCUGCUCAAGUUGCCCCAGUACGAAGACCGGCAGACGUUGAGGGAGAAGCUGCUCUACGCUAUCAGCGCCAACGCUGGUUUUGAGCUCACGUAGAAGCCGCGCCGAAGGCCUUCUUGCUGAACACGGAGAUCCCGGGGCAGUAGUCAAGAGCAGUGCUGGCCGGGUUCCGAAGAUUCGAAACACGGAAAAAGCGGGUGUCUUUCUCCUUGCGAAAGGUUCUUGCAAUCUGUGCUGGCCCCUCGUCAGACUCAUCACCAAGGCACCGUGUUCGAAAGUAAACUCCGAUUGACGAUGCACAGCUUUCUUGUGAGCUCCCGAUAAAUGACGCACAUGUUGGCGGCAUCUUGCACGCUUUGUGUAUUUGGGUGAAAUCGCUGCAAUUGUUGACUCUCCGUGUUUGACGGCCGGGUGUUUGAGGCAUGACGUGGUUGGGUGCGGCCACUGCAACUAUCGCUGCUCCUUGGUAGGCAUAUGCACCGGUCAGCGAUGUUGACAGCCGCCACGUGACCCGCAACGGCUGAUUUUGAACGCUGCGCGAGUCUCGUGCAAAAGUGGCGGUGACGGCGGCUUUGGUUGACGGCCUGGAUCUGUUCUGUUCACCCCGUAGCGUGUUUCCGUGCAGAGUGUUUCGUAUGUGUUGAAUCCCUUUUUUUAUUUCUGAGGAAGCAUGUACUGCUGUAGACCUGUCUCUGAAAGUUUGGAGAAAAAAGACGGUGUUCGAGUUUCC